UCUUUCCCUCAUUUUAGGCUAAAUUGAUUCCUACCCAGCACAGCAUCUUACAGGAAAAGCAUAGCAUUUCCUAGAGGAAUAUGAGCAUAAACAGGAAGGUGUCAUUGACUUUGAAUUAAAAAUUUAACUUGUCGCCUGAACAGCUACAGGAUUUGGAAGCUGAAUCAAUGUUAUCAGAUGAGUUAGAAUCCAAACCAGAGCUCCUGGUACAGUUUGUUCAGAAUACAUCCAUCCCAUUGGGACAGGGGCUAGUAGAAUCAGAAGCUAAAGACAUUACUUGCUUGUCCCUCCUUCCAGUGACUGAGGCCUCAGAAUGCAGUCGGCUAAUGUUACCAGAUGAUACUCCAAAUCAUACUAACUCCUCCAAGGAGGUCCCUCCUUCAGCUGUGUUAAGAAGCCUUCAGGUGAAUGUGGGCCCAGACGGAGAGGAGACGAGGGCCCAGACUGUACAGAAGUCCCCGGAGUUUUUGUCCACUCCAGAGUCUCCUAGCCUGUUGCAAGAUCUACAGCCAAGUGAUAGCACUUCUUUUAUUCUUCUUAACUUAACAAGAGCAGGUCUGAGCUCUUCAGCUGAGCACUUAGUAUUUGUACAAGAUGAGGCAGAGGAUUCAGGAAAUGAUUUCCUCUCCAGUGAGAGCACGGACAGUAGCAUCCCAUGGUUCCUCCGGGUUCAGGAGUUGGCCCAUGACAGUUUGAUCGCUGCUACUCGUGCACAGCUGGCAAAGAAUGCAAAAACCAGCAGCAAUGGAGAAAACGUCCACCUUGGUUCUGGUGACGGGCAACCCAAAGAAUCGGGGCCCCUUCCUCAAGUGGAAAAGAAGCUCAAGUGUACAGUUGAAGGCUGUGACCGGACAUUUGUGUGGCCAGCUCACUUUAAGUACCACCUCAAAACUCAUCGAAAUGACCGCUCCUUCAUCUGCCCUGCAGAAGGCUGUGGGAAAAGUUUCUAUGUGCUGCAGAGGCUGAAGGUGCACAUGAGGACCCACAAUGGAGAGAAGCCCUUUAUGUGCCCUGAGUCUAGCUGUGGUAAGCAGUUCACUACAGCCGGGAACCUGAAGAACCACCUGAGGAUCCACACAGGAGAGAAGCCUUUCCUUUGUGAAGCCCAAGGAUGUGGCCGUUCCUUUGCUGAGUAUUCUAGCCUCCGAAAACACUUGGUGGUCCACUCAGGAGAGAAGCCUCAUCAGUGUCAAGUCUGUGGGAAGACCUUCUCUCAAAGUGGGAGCAGGAACGUGCACAUGAGAAAGCAUCACUUGCAGAUGGGAACAGCUGGGAGUCAAGAGCAGGAGCAAACUGCUGAGCCACUAAUGGGCAGUGGUUUGCUUGAAGAGGCGUCAGUACCCAGUAAAAACCUGGUGUCUGUGAAUCCCCAGCCCAGCCUUGGUGGAGAGUCCUUGAACCUACCAAGCACCAAUUCUAUCCUAGGAGUUGAUGAUGAGGUGCUUGCUGAAGGAUCCCCACGUACCCUGUCUUCAGUGCCUGAUGUGACACAUCACUUGGUGACCAUGCAGUCAGGGAGGCAGUCAUAUGAGGUUUCUGUCUUAACUGCCGUAAAUCCACAGGAGGGCCUUCCAGGACCUGAUUGUAUCCGGGGGGCAGUGGCAGCCACUGCAGAGUUUUAAAUGAGUUACUAAACCAAGGAGAUUUAACUGAAAGACGGACAUGAGCAUGGGUAUUGAAUCCUGAAGAGCACUCUAUCUGAUCCCAGGAAGCAUACAAUGGGAACAGCUUGCUUAUGGCUCAGAAUCUGCCAGAAUCAAAAUGAAUCUGUGAAUGACAAGACCCCGCUUUUUCCUCUGUGCAUCUUCCCUGGCAAAGAAGAUGAAUGCAAGAGAGCUUCUCUUCAGACUCUCAUCUGAUCCAGAAAAGGAAGAAAGCAGGGAAUGUGGGCUAGGUCACUGUACCUACCUCUCUUCCCACUGGAAAAUUUUGGGAUGGACUUCUCCCGAAAAAUGAAUUUGAUUAUGUGUUGGCUGACCUAUCUCAGUAUAACAAUUGAGAAGAGAUUUUCCUAUGAAGAGCUACCAUCCCAGCGUCUGCUGUCUUAUCACGUGGAUGAACUAAGUCCUGCCACCAACCAUAAAACUUCACCAAGACGUUGAGCUUUCAAGAUGCCUUGUUGCUUUGGAGAAGGGAGUGAUGUCAGUUCUGUUGUGAUACUCUCCCUUUAGCAACCUGAGUAAGACACUCUCCGCCAGUGGGCUGCAAAAAAAUAAAUUACUUGAAUCCCUACUUGGCCCAGACUGAGGUACUAUCUUGUCCCAUACACCUCUACUUAGUCACUUUGCUUUCUUUGUUUAUGGAACAUACAGUAGCAUGUUUAAAGGGCUUUUUUUUUUUUUUUUAAGUUAAAUCACAUGAUUCAGAGCUUCAAUUGUUUUCCCUUUAAAUAAACAAAAUAGCCCAGUCA